AGGGCGAGCUCGUGGAGCAAAACAGCUUGUAGGUGUCGUAGAAGGAACUUUUCCACGCUUCGUAAUUUUAGUACUGAUCAGAAAAAACUGCUCCUGCUUGCCUGAGCUGAACAAAGAUAAUUACUCCGGAAAUGUUUCAACCAAUCCGCUGCAGCUUUACAUCCUGGUAGUUGAAAGAAGCCAUUCAGGGCCUUGCUUGUAUUGCGGGAAGCAGGGCCAUCAAGCUGCUCAGCCAAGCCCUUUCUGUCUAACAACUGAGGCUGUCCUCCAUGUUUAUUAAGUAUUGACAUAACACUGUGUUAGCCAUGCAUCCACAGAGUUGUCAUCUGAAGACACAACAUAUUACAUCUAAUGUUGAUGACAGUGCAAGGGGAGAAUCUACAGUAUUGAGUUUAGCGGAAGAGGAAAUUAAAACAGAACCAGAGGUCGUAGAGGGGAUGGACAUUGCUACCCGAUCCAAAGUUUCAGAUCCAGGCUCAGCAGAAAGAGCAGCACAGAAAAGAAAACUCCCAAGUCCCCAACAUUCAUCUAAUGGUCACUCUCCUUCAGAUAGCUCUGCAAGCCCUAUAAAGAAAAAAAAGAAACCUGGCUUAGUUAACAGCAACAACAAAGAACAGUCAGAACUAAGACAUGGUCCAUUUUACUAUAUGAAGCAGCCACUCACCUCAGACCCUGUUGAUGUUGUACCACAGGACGGCCGAAAUGACUUCUAUUGCUGGGUGUGUCACCGGGAGGGCCAAGUCCUCUGCUGUGAGCUUUGCCCACGGGUGUACCAUGCAAAGUGUCUGAAACUGACAGCUGAGCCUGAAGGGGACUGGUUCUGCCCAGAAUGUGAGAAAAUAACAGUUGCCGAAUGCAUUGAAACUCAAAGUAAAGCCAUGACAAUGUUAACGAUAGAUCAGCUGUCUUAUCUCCUUAAAUUUGCUUUGCAGAAGAUGAAGCAACCUGGGACUGAGCCAUUCCAAAAGCCUGUUUCCCUUGAACAACAUCCAGACUAUGCCGAAUAUAUAUUCCAUCCCAUGGACCUCUGCACUUUGGAAAAGAACAUUAAAAAGAAAAUGUAUGGUUGCACAGAGGCUUUCCUUGCUGAUGUCAAAUGGAUCUUGCACAACUGUAUUAUUUACAAUGGAGGUAAUCACAAGCUGACACAAACCGCUAAGGUUAUUGUGAAAAUAUGUGAACACGAGAUGAAUGAAAUUGAAGUUUGUCCAGAAUGCUAUCUUUCAGCUUGCCAGAAAAGAGAAAACUGGUUUUGUGAACCGUGCAGCAACCCACAUCCUCUAGUAUGGGCAAAACUGAAAGGCUUUCCAUUUUGGCCUGCCAAAGCUUUAAGAGACAAAGAUGGACAGGUUGAUGCCCGAUUUUUUGGGCAACAUGAUAGGGCAUGGGUUCCUAUAAAUAACUGCUACCUCAUGUCUAAAGAAAUCCCUUUUUCUGUGAAAAAGACAAAAAGUAUCUUUAAUAGUGCCAUGCAAGAGAUGGAGAUUUACGUGGAGAAUAUUAGAAAAAAAUUUGGAGUUUUUAAUUAUGCACCUUUUAGGACUCCAUACACUCCCAACAACCAGUUUCAAAUGCUGGUGGAUCCAAAUAACCCAUCUGCGGGUAUCAUAAAGCCAGAAAAACAGGAAAAAAUCAAGCUUAAUUUUGACAUGACGGCUUCUCCCAAAAUUCUAAGCAGCAAGCCCAUGCUUCCCAGCAGUACAGGAAGGAGAAUUUCCUUGACCGAUAUGCCUAGGUCACCUAUGAGCACAAAUUCUUCAGUGCACACGGGGUCUGAUAUAGAGCAAGAUGCCCCAGAAAAAGGUGUCAAAGCUCCUGGAAGCCAUUAUAGUGCUGGGGAGGAGUCAAUGGAUUUCACUGAUCGCAGCACAGCAUCUCCUGUAUCUUCAAAAACUGGACAUGCUGGCAGUGUCACUGGAAGUCCUAAACCCUUCUCUCCACAGCCUUCCACGCCUGUGGCAGCCAAACAAGAAAGGGCUGUUACAACAGGAAGCAUUCUUAACCUUAAUUUGGAUCGCAGCAAAGCUGAAAUGGACCUGAAAGAAUUGAGUGAAUCUGUUCAGCAACAAUCUACACCUGUUGUCCUGACAUCUCCAAAAAUGCGUAGCCGAUUUCAACUAAACCUGGACAAAACUAUAGAAAGCUGUAAAGCACAGCUAGGAAUACAUGAAAUCUCUGAUGAUGUAGGUGUUGAGCACAGUGACUCUGAAGAUUCAGAAAAAUCUGAAUCCAGUGAUAGUGAAUAUGUGAGUGAUGAAGAUCAGAAAAUAAAAAAUGGCCAGCAUGAUGGAGAAGAAAAAGACAAAAACGAGCGAGAUGUAAAGAAGAAACCCAAACCAUCUUCCCAAACAGAUGUCAAGAAAGAGAUCAGUGGGGACAGUGGAGCAUCAGAGAAAAAAGCAGAACUCUUAACUAAAGAAAAAUCAAGUACAGAGCUAGAAAAGGAUUCAGUGGGAAUACAGCAUUCCACAAGGGAGAAGCAAAAAGCAAAAGAUGGAACACCUCCUUCUGUUCAUUUGGAUGUUGAUACAGACUCUGACAGGGAGCUGGUUAUAGAUCUAGGAGAUGAUCAUGUUGGCGGUGAUAAAAAGAAAAAUCGGAAAGAGGCAUUAUCAACAACAACUGCAAAGGAGACAUCAGUAGCUAAGCAAGAUGGAAAACCUCCUCUUCUUCCUCCUCCGCCACCUCCUCCUCCCAGCACAGUUACUCAAACGGAUACUAGUGGUGAUGAUGCUGCUUCUUCACUUCCCAAAGAACCUGUUCAAACCUCUACCAUAACAAUACCAAUUAAUGUUGUGUCAAUCCCAGCUUCUUCACUGCCCCCUACUACUACAGUUAGAAAGCAGCGCCCCCUUUUGCCACGUGAAGCUGCCCCAGCAGUACAGCGUGCAGUUGUAUGGAAUGCACCCAACAAGUUUCAAACCUCUUCACAAAAAUGGCACAUGCAAAAAGUACAGAGACAACAACAGAGCCAGAAUCAACAGCAGCAGCAGCAACAAAACCAGCCUUCACCAAAUACCCAGCAACAACCCCAAAAUCCUUCUCCCAACACACGAUAUCAGACACGACAAGCAGUUAAAGCUGUACAACAGAAAGAGGUUACCCAGGCUACAUCCACAUCUUCAAUUACAUUGGUUACAACCACACCUGCAGUUCCCAUCAUUACAACUCCAGUUUCUGUGAGCACCCCAUCCACACUGGCCAGUUCUGAUUUCCAGAUAGCCACCACAUCAGCUGAUGUAGCAGCAGACAUUGCGAAAUACACAAACAAAAUAAUGGAUGCCAUAAAAGGAACAAUGACAGAGAUAUAUAAUGAUCUUUCAAAAAGCACUUCAGGCAACACAAUAGCAGAGAUUCGGAGACUGAGGAUUGAAAUUGAGAAACUUCAGUGGCUUCAUCAACAGGAACUAUCAGAAAUGAAACAUAAUCUUGAACUCACAAUGGCAGAAAUGCGUCAGAGCCUGGAGCAAGAAAGGGAUCGGCUAAUAGCUGAGGUGAAAAAACAGAUGGAACUGGAGAAGCAGCAGGUUGUUGAUGAAACCAAGAAAAAGCAGUGGUGUGCAAACUGUAAAAAAGAAGCCAUUUUCUACUGUUGCUGGAACACAAGUUACUGUGACUAUCCAUGUCAGCAAGCACACUGGCCAGAACACAUGAAAUCAUGUACACAAUCUGCCACUGCAUCACAGCAAGAGGCAGAAAGUGAAGUAAACACGGAGACAAACAGCAAAACAACUCAAUCUACUUCUCAAGCAUCAUCUGUGGACAUACCAGCUGCCACCAUUGACAAGGACCAGAACACUGACAAAAACAGGGACAAUGUUACUGUUAGUGUGUCCUAACCUUCAUCCCAAAGUUCGAGAACAUUGCUUCUUUAUUACCUAGUAUCAAUAUUGCAAUGAGGCAAAAAAAAAUACAAACUAAAUUCUUUGUUCUGUCAUUCUGAAAGUACACACUUUUUAAAUUCAGUAUUAUUUUGAUGACGUUUAUAUAGUUUACCCAUAAAAGCAUUUACAGUGAUAAUUCAGGAGGGUGUAUAUUUUUUGAAUUCUUAACUGGUAAGCAUGGGGUACUAUGAUCCUUCUUUUCAAAGUUAAGGUGUACAGGCAAAUAUUCAAUUGGAAUUUCCUCCUCCUGCUGCCAGUAUUCAAUUGUUAUGGUCAUGAAUGAAACCUCAGGACUUUUCAUUACUCACAAAUUAGGGUCAUAUGAAUAUUUUAAAUGAAUGGGUGCAUGAAAAUGUCUCAAAACUGCAAAGAUUUUCAAUCACUCCUACAUUGAACAGAAAUUUGCACAAAUUAUGUUUUUUAGGAUUGUGGAAAUAAACAUUAAAUAUUAAUCAAAAGCACAACAUUGGGGAAAAAAUCAGUUCACAAAAUUCUUUUAUAAAGUUGUACAAUGUUUGGUCUGUGCAGCCAUUAACAAGGCUGGAACAUGUGCUUCCAUAUACUAGGAUUGGCAGGCCAGUGUUUAGUUGGAAGGAUGUUCACAGCCUUUUGAUUUGAUUAGUACCAUUUUAACUCCCGUUGGUCAAAGAAAUGAAAGCUGUCUGUGUGUGAACCUGUGGUUGUGGGUACCAGUGAGAUUUUCAUUACUUUAAAUAAAGAGGAAUCUGCGUUGGCAUAAGUUAUAAAUACAGCAUGUAAUGUAGCCAAUGUUGAACAUGACUGAAAGCUAUCUAUGCCCUCUAUGCAGAUAUUUACAGGCCUGGUGGAUGGCCAGAAAUGUAAACUAAUCCAAACUCUAAAGGCCCGUACCAGUAUCCCAAAUACUUAGCCAAGAUGACAGGUAUGAACAUUUUUUCACACAUGUUCAGUAUGUUGCUGCAAAGUGACUUUUUUGUUUAGCAAUCCAAUGUCAUAUCUUCAUGAAUGUCUUUAUUUCUAAAGUGCUAUGUAAAUGCCUUAAAUGAAAAAUCUCUGUUAACCCUUCAUCAGCUACAACAAAGCCUCCAAUGUUACCUGGUAGAAGAGGCUUCUUUUUAAAAUCAGCAUUAUAGAAACUUUUUUUGGGGUGUUCCAGACAAGAAUCUAAAAAUGUCUAAAUUAACUACUAUUUUUGGCACUUUUAUGGCAGUAUAUGUUCCAUAUAAAAAGGAAACGUGAAGAACGGUUCUCUGUCAGAACCUAAUCAAAGUAAAUUGUGCAGAAGUUAAUGCUGGCAGAGGUGGACAAUUCAGACAGUGAUAACAGCACCACUCUUUAUUUUGUAUCAAGUUAGACUUUGUGUUAACAGUAUGCAAAUCUACUUUUAAAAGCUGCUUACGAGCUUUCAUUUAAAAGCAGAGCUCUUAGUAUAUACACAAAGAACAUUACGUUGCCAUGAGUGAGUGAGAGACAGGUACAUUUCACAUUACUGUUAAAUUAUUGUCAGUUAACAUAUUGUGUCCUAAAAUGUUCUGCACUGGUUGAGUUUGAAAUAUACAUCCCCUGGAGAUGUGAUCAUCAAAUCUGUAGCAUAUGUUUACAUAGGAAAUGUAAAGAAAUUUCUUUUUUCCUGCACCUAUAAAUGGAACUACUAGAGUGGGAUGUGGAAUACAGAAAAUGGUUCAGAGUACUUUCAAGAAAAUUAGCUUUACUCUGCGCUGUAUGGAUCAUGGUUCAGAGUGGAAAUGAAUAAUGGUUAUAAUGUCAUUUGAAGGUUACCUAAAAUAACCUUAUUAUUCAAAUAUGUACCAUAUUAAUAAGUUGAUUAUUUAUAUAUAUGUGCUUGUGUGUGUUUACACGCACACACAUCCACACACCCCUUGUAUAUAAUGUAUACUAUAGAUAGAUAUAGGUCUAUAAAUAUAUCUUUCUUAUCUAUCUAUCUACGUAUGUGUGUACACGUUACAUACAUACAGCAUAAAUACAAUCUUAUUGUAUGUGAUAACAAAAAAUAUUUUCUCACUGUAUCUUUUUUCCAUUUAACUUAUGUAGGUAGAGAUGUUUCAUGAUUUGGGCCAGUAACCAAGCAGAACGAGAUUGUCAGAAUAAUGCUAAAAAAUCAUUUUUAUACAAAAAAAAAUUGCAGCGAUUCCCUUUAGUUGUAGGUCCAAAUGUUAACUGGCAAAAGGGAAUGCUGUAUGCCCCAGCUACAAUACCAGUUCAAGAAACUAAACUUCAAGACUUCUCGGAGUACUGUACACAGGGCAAAGGCUUAAGUGAAAGGAUGAUACGUUGAAGACAGAGACAGAGAAUGAGUGGGUGAGUGUGGCAGUGUGAGCGACAGAGUGCUUCAAAAGCAGAUCAAUUGUUAAAACGUGUAAAAAUGUGAACCUGCACUUCUGUGUACUAACUUUCAGGAUGUGAAAUUUAUGUAUUUGUGUAUAAAGGAAAAAAUGACGAAAAAAAAACAUUGACUACACUACAUUAUUGUAUAGCAUUAGCACCCUUUUUUAUCGAGCAGGGCUCCUUACAGUAUGUGCUUCUUUUGUAAAUAAUGUUCAGUUUUUGAUGUCAUUAAACAUAAAAAUUCAUCUUAA